GUAAGAAUGUAUACAGUAGCUAAAAUAUUUACACAGGAGGGAAUAUCUGAAAAAUUUGUAACAUCCGUGGUGAGUCACGCAUCGCAUGGGAUCGUCAGCCCCCAUCCGAACCUCUCCUCCGUACGAGCUAUAAUUACGAAGUUUAAUUGACUAACGAGCGCAGACGAGGAUCGGCGAAGCAGUGCAGAAAUGGAGCUCUGAUUGGUCCAUUCACUAAAGCCCAACUUGGUUCAUUCACGUUGCAAUUAAUUCGAAAGCGUCUAGCCACGGGGAGAGCUGUAACGUUUCUCGUAGAAACUUCUCUCCUCGUAAGGGAGAGAGGGGGAGAGAGGGAAAGAGAGAGAGAAAAAACGUUCUCGACAAUGUUCGUCGAUGGUCGGCAGUUACACGAUCGAAUUUGUAAAUGGAAUCGAAACUUAAGAGAGAAAUUUAAGAGAAUCCUCUUGCUGCUAAUAAAUGCGACCGUUUACCCUCGUCGAAUGUAAUUUUCUGGUAUUCGAUGGGAUAUGAGAACGGUAAAUCAACGAUGCGAUAAAGGAAAUAAUCGUAGGUCGAUGAACGAAAAUUCAAUGAAAUUUUUGUCAAACUUGCGCAGAGUUUCCUUUGGAAAUGGGACGCGUGUGAAAUUUGAAAAAAAAAAUUCUCUUCAUUGACUGCAUCAAUUCUCUGAUAUUCAAUGGCAUAUGAUAACAUUGAUUCGCGCGAUGAUAAAAUGGAUCAAUGGGAAUUUAUCGAUGAAAUUCGAAGGAAUUUUUUUUUUAUAGAAUAGUAAAAAAUUUUUUCUUUGAAGUAUAGAAAAUUCGAGAAAAUUAAAAAAAAUUGUCGUUCUCUUUUUGCUCGGCUGCAAUUCUCUAGCUUUCAAUGGCCACGUGAUAACGACGAAUCAACAUUGAUUCACGCGAUAAAGUAAAUUAUCGCGUGAAAAAGGUCGUUGAACGGGAACCGGUCGGCCCAAACUCAGGAUCGUGGAAUGUUUUUCAUUCGUUUCCCACGGAGCCGAACCCGCGUGAAAUCUGAGAAAAUAUAAAUAACAAACACUUAUUCUCGUCGUAUUCUUCGGUAUAUUUUUUCGAUGGCAACAGCGAAUCGAUAUUUGUUCGCGCGAUAAAGUAAUGGUUGAAACCGAUCGGUCAAAUUCAGAAUCUUCUCAGGCUGGUGCGAAGGUUUCCCUCGGCAACACAUGUGAAAUCGGGAUAGCAGGCAUGGGAACCCACGAAAUGCAGAUCCGCCUUCGCACAUGCCUCGAUGCACGCACGUAUGUGCGCCGUACACCGAAUUAACGACGACCUAAUUGACCGUCGCUAAUUCCCUCGUCCUCUUCCCUUGUUGCUCGCAUCCAAUCCUCGAGUUUCACCACGUACAUCUAGUUAACGCCAACCAGCGUCUCUCAAACUUUCCUCCGUCGGUCUAUUUCGCGUUUUCCGCUCGACUCGGUGAGAUUCGAUUCCACCGACAAGUUCAUUCAACGAACUUCUUCCCCGUCUACUUUUCUCCAGUGGUAUCUAUCUAUCUAUCUAUCUUUUUCUUUCUCACCAUCGAUUCUCAUGGCUGCGAUCGUAACGAGUGAAUCAACCGAAUCGAACGAAUGUGCUUUCCAAGCGACUCGAAAGUUUUAUUUGGCUUUACUCGGUAGCUUUACCUGCUUUAAAUCUGUCAUUAACUUGAAUUUCUUUCGAGAACGUGGAGCAAUGACACACGCUAAUGCCGCGUGUACGCUCGCACGUAUAUAAUCGAGCGAUAAAGUUGUAGCGUCGUUACCGACCGCGUUAUGGCCGUUUCACACCUACGUUACCAUACUUUCCACGUUAUCGUCUCUCACAUUUUCUCACGCUUGCCGUAAUGGUAAUAUCGGGGAAAGUAAUUUGGAAUAAUUUAAAUCUCUAUUAUAAGAUCGAAGGUUCAAGAAAAAGGUAUGCAAAUUUUUAAUUUCAUUCAAUUGUUACGCACGAUGCAAGAAUGGAAGUAACCCGUGACGUGAGGUGAUCACAGAAUUGCUUGAAAAAUUUCGACCGAUUUUGAUUUCCUGUUGGAAUCCACAGGAAAUUAACGACAAAUCGUAGCUCGUAACGGAUGAAUAGCUUUAAAUCCGUUAGACAAUCGGGAAGUAAUUAUGGAUUUGUGCUGGUUCGACCCAAUUAAACCCAUCCCAAAUUAAAUGCGUUUUCAAUUCGUGAUCCAUCCUAUUGAUACCCGCCAAUACGAUUCAAGAGCACAAGAGCGAUUCUUUCGCGAUUGAUACGUAACGAAAUUACGAUUUAUGCGUCCGUUGAAAAUCGUUGAUACGGAAAAUCGUGCAUUCACACGGCGGACACAGCGACGCGGCCGUGCUUUCAUUGCGCGCAACGUAUCCGUAACAGGGCUACCAACCGCGUUAUUCGAAUUUAAACGCAGCCGCAAGAUCCAACCUCGACACGAAUCUGGUAAAAUUUAAUAUUCGGUCACGGACCAAUGGGAGCGUCCGCAAACGAACGACGCGACACGGCCAAUCCGUGGCCAAGUGUGUACGACACGUGUGUAUGACACGAUCAUCUCUAACGCAUCGAACAUUUAUUACGCCGUGUUUCAUCGUGAUUUGCGGAAAUUUCGCUUCGAUUAUUAAUCGCCUGUGGGCCGAAACGAAAAGGAUCCUCUCUUGGCCCCGGCCAGCGGGAAGAUUAAUCGUGCAAAAGCUCGAAGAAAGAAAGAAAAAGAAGAAAGAAGAAGAAGAUGAAAAAGAAAGAAAGGAGAGAAAAGUUGACCGUCCCCAGAUUUCAGCAGGCACACGUUGGUCAGACCGCGGAUCUAUCACGGCAGGACUAGGCGGCAGAUCUCCUCGACCAAAGAGAACGAUGUGGAACACGCGGACGUGCUGGUGGUAGGCUUGGAACUUGAUGGAGUGAAACGUACCUUGGACUUGAGAUUAAAUUCUGAUCUAAUUCCUGUGGGCUAUCAACAACGUCAUCAGCAUCAAGGCACGUACAAAGUGUACACUCCCUCGAAAGUCGAACUCUGCCAUUAUCAAGGUAGCGUUCGCGACCUUCCCGGCUCCUGGGUAGCCCUAUCUACUUGCAGAGGACUGCGCGGCGUCGUCUUCGACGGCGAGAGCCUUCAUCACAUUCAACCGGAGCAAGAAUCUUUGGACUCGCGUCAUUACGUCUACAAGCACAGCGAUCUCGUCGCCAAUCACACCUGCGGUUACGAAGGAACGUCGCACCAUGUUCUCGACCGUGAACAACGCGGCAUCGUCAGCAGAAUCGCAAGGCACAAGAGAGCGGCCGAGGCGAUUCGAGGACCCUACAACGCGAACAGGCAUUCACGAUACGUAGAAUUGGUCCUCGUGAUAGAUAAGAAGGAAUACAUCGCUCUCGACGAGAAUCUGGACAAGGUUCAUCAACACUGCAAAGAUAUCGCUAACAUUAUCAAUGCAUUGUACAUGCCGUUGAAUAUAUUCAUCGCGUUGGUCGGAGUGCAAGUUUGGUCGGACGCGGAUGAAAUAGCCCUGUCUCCGAACGGGGACACCACCCUCUCGAAUUUCCUUCGAUACAGGAGGGAGAAACUGGUUCAAGACAUGCCGAACGAUAACGCCCAGCUGUUGACGCGGAUCACUUUCGAGGGUGGCGUGGUAGGGAAGGCGCUCAAGGGACCAAUAUGCACCUACGAGUUCUCGGGUGGCGUCUCGAUGGAUCACUCGAACGUAGUUGGACUAGUGGCUGCAACCGUCGCUCACGAAAUGGGCCACAAUUUCGGGAUGGAGCACGACUCGGCCGAUUGCGACUGUCCCGAGGAGAAAUGCAUCAUGGCGUCGUCGAGCGGCUCGUCGGGGCCGACCCACUGGUCGACCUGCUCCCUCGAGCACCUGGCGCUCGCGUUCGAGCACGGGAUGGAUUAUUGCUUGAGGAACAAGCCGCAGAAGCUGUUCGACAGCCCGAUCUGCGGCAACGGGUUCGUGGAGCCCGGGGAGCAGUGCGACUGCGGGCUGAAGGAGAACUGCGACAAUCCGUGCUGCAACGUGACCACGUGCAUGUUGCACGGCAACGCGAGCUGCGCGACGGGCGAGUGCUGCGACCUGAAAACGUGCCGGCCGAAAACCGCGGGCACCGAGUGCAGAAGCGCCGAGCACGAGUGCGACCUGCCCGAGUACUGCACCGGGCAGAGCGAGUACUGCCCGGUGGACGUGUUCAAGAUGGACGGCGAGGCGUGCAGCAUGGGGAAAGCGUUUUGCUACCAGGGCUCGUGCAGGACCCACAACGAUCAGUGCAAACUGCUCUGGGGCCCCACGGGGACCUCGUCCGACGCGCAGUGCUACGAGAUGAACACGAAAGGGACGAAGCACGGCAACUGCGGCUACAACCGGAUCGAAUCCAGCUACGUCAAGUGCACCGGAGAAAAUCUUUUGUGCGGAAUGCUCCACUGCAAGCACUUGAACGAGAGGUUGGAGUUCGGCAUGGAGUCGGUAGCGAUUCUCAGCCACUCGUUCAUCAACAACGGGGGAAAGAUCAUUCCGUGCCGCUCGGCCAUCGUGGACCUCGGCUUGAAUCAAGUGGACCCUGGCCUCGCACCCGACGGUGCCAAGUGUGCGCCCGGAAAGAUGUGCGUGAAUCAGAAGUGCAUGCCGGUGGCCGAUCUGCGCGCUUCCGUAUCCGGAGGGAAAGCUUGUCCUAACAAUUGCGGAGGCAACGGAGUGUGCAACAGCCUCGGCCAUUGUCAUUGCAAUCGUGGCUUCCGGCCACCAGAUUGCACUCAGCCCGGUGUGGGUGGAUCCGAGGACAGUGGCCCCGCAGAGGAUCCGAACGCGAGAAACGACUUCAUAAUGGCCCUGUACAUUAUCUUUUUGGGGAUCGUGCCCACGAUCGCUCUGUCCUCGUUCGGGAUUUGGUACGUGAGAAAUUCUGGGCAGAACUGGAAGAAGAGCAUGAUAUCAACGACCGAUCGCGGCCACAACGGACUGUCCAUCAAAACGAUCGAUCGUUCCAGUCCCUUGCCUCGUAACAUCGAAACGAUCGAUUCUAGUCUGAGUCAGGAUCCAGCGUGCGCGAGUUUGUUGCCGAAACCGGAUACCGACGAGCGUUACAACAAUAAUUUGUUCGGCCAGUUCAAAGGUUUCACGAUCACCCCGAUUAGGAAUCAAGCCAAGAGCCUCGAGCCGACCAAGCCUGCGCCUCCCCCGCCCACCAUCCCGACCGUAGCUAUUAAGACUAACAUCAAGGCGAUCCCGAAGAGCAAUCCAUCGCGUAGCUCGUUGCUCAAUUCGAACGCGAGCUUCGACGAGGCGGCGUCCCCGGCGCCCACGCUGCCGCCCCUCAAUCCAGGAUGCACGGCUCGGCCGUUGAUCAGCAGCCCCGUGCUCGCCGCAACCACGUGCACCUCCGUCGAGCUGGUGGCGCCCUCCAAACUCUCCGCGAGAGCUGCGGUGGACGGGCCGACCAGGCCCGCUCCGGCCCCGCCGAUCCUCCCCGAUCCCGGCCAGAAGCCGCAGAGGCCGAGCAGCACACCUCUGACGAACGUGCUGGAGAGCGAGAGAAGGCAGGAGAAGGGGAGCACCCUGAACAGAAUCGCGUCGAUGCUUCGGCCGAAUUCGGGGAUCGUGAAGGGCGGCGGGGUCGGGUCGCAGGUGUCGCAGAGGGACGAGAAGAGCGGCACCAACUCUCUGCCCAGGUUGCACCACCACAAGGCGAACAAAGUGAUCGACAAGGAGAUACUGAGAAACUUGGAGAUCUCGAAUCCUAUACCGCAAAAGGAGAUCGAGAUCCCGACUCCCUCGAUUCCGGUUAUCCCGGUGGCCGAGGCCGGCGAGCAGAAGAAGAGCGUGGUGCUGCGCGCUCAGUCGAUGCGGGACAGCAAGGUGACGCCGAGGCCCGCCAUCCAGACCUUCGGCUCGAUGCGGCAAACCAGCGCGGCGCCGCCCGUCAAACGACCCACGAGCAUCCCCGCGAGCACCAGGCCCACCGCGCCUCCCCCUGGCCCCCCCGUCCUCCCUUCAACGACCAGCACGGCGGACAAGACGGGGCACGAGACGGGGAAAAUUCCUGGACUGCCCGGAUACCAGAAUCCUCGGGUGAAAAGCCCGCAGAAAAUCGGGCUGGACAACGCUUACGACGAUUGCAUGAACCUCGUCGCCGAGCCCCCGUUGACCAAGAUAGCCGAGGAGUCGCCCACGACCAGCGACAAUAUUUACGCCGUGAUCGAGGAGGCGCUGCCCGAGAAAGGGAGGAAGAGCGGCGGGGACACGGAGAACGAGUACAAAUUGCCGAAGCGCGUGGAACCGAAUUCGAGUCACGAGCCGAUGGGUUUGCUGUCCGAGAUCGUGUCGGAGAUAUCGAAUCGGAAUUUCGACUCGAUAUACUCGACCGCGAGUUUGUCGAGGAAAGUGGAGGAGGAGGAGGAGGAGGAGGAGGAGGGGAGGUCGAAAAGCGGCGAGGACGCGGGUUACAACGGCGGCUCGUUCGGCGGUUACAUGAACUCGAGUCAUUACAAGUCGCCGGGCUCGAGCAUUUACUCCAACUCCGCCUCGGCCAAGUUCAAUUCCUCGAGCUCGACGACGAGCUCCGGCUAUCUGAACCCGUCCGCUUUGAACGUGCCGCGGCAGCAGCAGGGCGAGAAGUUGGCCGAGGCCAAGCCGAACCUGAACGACGAGAUAUCGAAGGAGCUUGGGAUGAAGGGUGGCGAGGACGGCGCGGCCCGUAAAUCGAUCGCGAAGACUCGGCUCAAUUCGCAGCGGGGUGUUGCGAGGGGCGAGGAGGGGGCGGCGGAGGGGGCGAAGGAGGCGUUGAAAGGCAAAGGCCCGGUCGCGAACGCGAAGCAAGUGGUGGAGAAUGCGUCGAGGUCUAAAGUACAGUAUUCUGACAGUGGUUCGAAAGCAAGUUGUGGGAAGCAAGGGGCGUCGAACGUGGACGGGAACUCGGAGACGAAGGGUGGCGAGCGCGCGGCCCAGCCGAACGAUAGCCCGGUGAAGCAGGACGCUCGUACGAACGCUAAUAGAUUAUCCCUGAAAACUGUGCCUUGUAGCCCUAAGGAUAACGGGGGAAAGUUUAACAGUCCCGACUUAGUCUCGAGCUGUUCCAAUUCUAAUCAAAUCAGUACAAAGUCGCCGGACGUAGUUGGAAACAAUCCAAAGGUUAAUUUUCAGCCGAAGAACGUUCAGAAAACGCCCACCCUCUCGCGGGGGAGUGCCGCGAAAGCGCCCGCCACCCCUGUAAAACCGUUGAACAUCGCGUCGAAAGGAGGUGGCCUCGCGGAGAAGAAGAAGUCUCCGACCGGAGGCAACGCGAAUGCGAUUAAAUCGAUAUCCGCGAAGGAACCGGCUUCGAAGAUCUCGCAGGCGAAACCGGGGGGGCAAAAGACGGAGGCGAAAGGCGGAGAUUCGGCAGCGAAAGCGAAUCCGGUGCAAAGGGCAGCGAGCAGCAAGUCGAACGUGGCCUCCCUUCAACAAAAAUUCGAGGCGAAUAAGAACGUAAACGCGGUCGCGUCACGGACGAUACCGAGCGUGCACAAAGCACAGCGUGCAGUCGGUAAAACGACUGAGACGGCGAGUGUGAAGAAAUAGAGGGGGGGGAGAUAAACGAAAAGUGGAAAGUGUCGUAGGAUCUAUUUCAAAUAUUCUAGUCUAUCGAUCAUAUUCGGAUUGAGGCGCGUAAACAGGAGAGACGUGUAACGAUAUAUUUCCGUUCAAACGAUAUUUCUACGAUGUUAUUUUAUUUAAAAAAAGAAAAAAAAAAAGAGAAAAAAGACCAGCCACGAAGGAAGGAAGGUGGAGUCAUAAUAGUACAAUGAUCAACCGUUAGCUCGGGAAGCCGAGCGAAAGAACCGAUUGAUCGGAAAUUACGCAAACUGUCAGAAUACUGAGAUUAGGUUGUAUCGGGCGCAAAACGACGCGAUAUAUUAUCGUUGUAAAUAUAGUAGUUACUUAAAAAUUCUAAUAUUUUUUGUAGAAAUUAUCCGUUAACGGUUCGGAUGUAACAACGCGAAACAUUAACGAUCGUCGGGAUAUUUAUCUUAAGAGCAUUUUGUAAACGAAGUAAGAAACAGAAAUAAGCAACAAUUAUUUUCAAAAGUUUCACUCGAUACCGCAAAAGGAACGCGUAAGAAAUUAUUGAAUUCUGUGAUAAUACAUGUAACGAGAGAAUAAUACAGAAACAUCGUAUCGUACAUUAUUAUAAGUAGCGGAUUAUAGAUGCGACCAAAUCUAUCAUUUUAUAUAUCGUAUCGCGCGAAAAAAAAAACCAUUAUGAAACUGGAGAAUAUAAAUUAAAUUUUCAAGAGGAGAAAUUAGUUUCGAAAGGAAUCCAUAUCCAAGAAAAAGAAAAUCUCUAUGAAACAGUAGCUCUUUCCAAAGAUUAACUAAGCAUCGUCGUUAAAACAUCGUGAUUUUCGUGAAUGCGAUCGUACCUUUGAGAUUCCUCUGCGAAUCAAAAUUUAGACGCGAUUAGCUAACGAUAAGAGAGCUUAAAUGGUAGUGUAUGCUAGAGUUUUAUGCUAUGUUUGAAAUCGAGGCAAAAUUAUUUCUACGAUAAACGAUAUGCCGACGUGUAACGAAGUAGAAAUAUUUUUGUUUAAAACGCUAUACGAUCGUCCUUUUAUUUUCGCACGAUUCUUUGCAUACAAUAAAAUACGAAUUUCGAACCUUGGUGUUCGUUUGCUAAAUAUUUAGCAUCGUUAGAUACGCAAAGAGACUAAGACGAAUAUUUAUUUGACUGAUCGAUGUAAAUAUGUUUAUAAUGUAAUAGAUGUAAGUAACAUUUUGUACAAUGUACCUUCGUGCUCGCUAAGUUAUAAUUCGCGAUCUACCUUUAAACGCAUACAUGCGACUUCAACAUUUAGCUUUUUCACCAUAUCUCGUUCGAUCUGUUGUAAAGGGUGCAGUAAAAUUCACCUGAAUUAAAGGAGAAAAAAGAAAAGACGAAAAAAAUGGGUUUUAUUGAACGAUACAGUUGUAACAUAUUUUUGCAUUUAUUAUUUCAACAUAGCCAUCUUUCGCGUAUAAGUAUUGUUCGCUUGUACGUCGCAAUGUUUUAAUUUAUACAGUUCCUAUGUACAGUCGUCUCGAUAUGUUGAAACAAUUUAGGGACCGCAACUCAAGUUCAAUAAAGCUUUAUAAUAAUCAUCCAUUCUUCGAGCAUCGUUUAUAAUCAUUCACCGCUUUUCUUCUUUCGACGAAAUGAUGUCGUAUGUAUGACUCUAGUGUAAAGACAAUCAGACGUUUUGCACGGCAUACGACUGUAAAACGGAAAGUGACGCCCUUCGAGAAAACCUUGGCCGUUCCAUAACUGUUUUAGUAAGAUUUUUUUUUUUUUUUUUUUUUUUUUUAGGAAAUACGAUUCAUUUUUAGAUUUCGUCGAUUAGAUUAUAAUUAGAUUUGUUAAAUGAAAUUGUUUUCCAAAACUCACGACUUACAGCCUAACAAAAUUAACAGACAUGGUUACAUUGUCCGUUCAAUACCAAAGAUAAGUUACGUUCCACGUGUUAAAGGGCCAAGAUAUACGUUAUCGUAACUACUUAAACGUUGUCUCAUAACUUGUAUAUUUCCUAAUGCAUAGUAAAGUUACAAUAAAUUCUUUAUUCCAUG